GGAUUGUAACAAGUAACUGUACAUCUCCUUAUUACCAAAUCAGCCAAUAACAUUCUAACAUUAAAAUAAAAUAAAAGUAUUUUACAUAUGCUGCACGAUUGUGGACCUGGGAGCACCUUUGAAAAAAAACAUUGUAAAAACGAAACAUAUUUUUUUAUUCCAACUUCAUCCUUUAAUAAAAUAAAGCCCAAUAAAAUAGUAAAUCGCACUUUUUCAGUGUUUUUUAGAGAGCUAGAUUGAGGCAAGAUUAGUGUGCCUGGCAAACAAGUUUAAGAAGAGUCAUAAACUUGUUAAAUUCAUUGAUCAUAUCAACUUGUGGAUGUCACAUAAUUUCUUGCAAUUGAACAAAGUCAAGACGGAGGUUCUAAUUAUCGGAGCAAAGAUCCAGAGAGAGAUGCUGUGCACUAACUUAAAAUACAUGUCACCAAAUGCCAAGCCCCUAGUAAAACGAUUUGGCAUGCUUCUAGACCCAGAGUUUUAUUACUUUAAAAUAUUGCUGAAGUACAACCGUUUCUUCCCCAGGCAGAUACUAAUAGACUUAUGCACACCUUCCGUACUAGCAGGCUUGAAUACUGCAAUGCUCUACUUUCUGGUAUUCCUAAAAAAACCUAUAAAUAAGCAACAGGUCGUGUCGAAUGCAGCAGCAUGUGUACUAACCAAGACCAUAAAGACCAUAAAGAGCACACAUCUCACCUGGAUUUCCAUUGUAUUGUUAAGCACCUUGUAUUGCAUGAAAGUUGCGAUAUGAAUAAAUAAAGUUUAGGGUCAUUUUAAUGUUAUAGGUACCAAACCUGCAUCACAGAUUUGCAGGAAUGUUUCAGGCAUGUGUUUGUAGAGAAGGCUGCCUCUCUCUAUAUGUGUGUGCGUGUGUGUAUGCGUGUGUAUGUUGGAGGGCGUUAUAUUUUUAGGACAGCCCCUAAAACAUCCAACAGGACAUUAAUGGCUCUUGCAGUGACAGUACAUAGGGGCAGAGCUGCCUGCAGACUACCACACAGAUGACACAGAGCAUCACAACCAUAAGGAAGUUUGAAGAUGUCUAAUGAGAAGCACCCCGAUGUAGUCGGCUGCGAAGCCUCCAUCAUGAAGAACGUCUGGGAGAUCAGAGAGAGAGAACAUGAACAGAAGAUACAGCUGGAGGAGAGCCGAAUAGAGAAUAGCGCUUUGCCCACUAUUAAUGAGGACUGGGCAAAUCGUUUGGCUGCAAGACUGGGAAACUACAAAAGAGUGGUGAGGAAAACUAAACCUGCUGAGAAUCAGACGGACAACAACAAUGUCUGGAAGACCAAGCUACCACAGGUUCCGCCUACUCUUCCUCGUGGUGCAGGUUCAGGUCCAAUAGGCAGACCAGGAGGCCAAAGCAGAGGCUUCUCCACUCCAGCCCCCAACUACAAGGACAAAAAGGGGCAGGACAAGAAUUCAAAAAGGCUACAAUUACUAAUUUAUAUCAAGCAGAAUCAACCUUCUGCUAUGGUUUGGGGGAAGUCAUGGAAGUACAGCAAAUCCUUGCCAUUACCAGUGGAAGACGCUAGAUCAAACUGGGGCGAGUGCUGGAUGUUUGCUACCAAGCAGCCUUACUCUGAAGCAGGCAAGCCUUGGCUAAAUGGACCCAACUUGAUGGAUCCUCGCCGCCUUCAUCUCUGGAGGAAACCUGACUACAGGGUGGUGGAAUCACAAGAGCUAGACUUGUGUCUUCCCAUUGAGGAGUGGCAGAUGUCCUGGAGAAAGUCCGACAAAAAUAAUAAGAAGGAUGCAGCAUCUUCUGUAAGUGGAGAAAAUGUUGCCAAAUCUGGAUUCUUCACCUUGCUGGUGAAUACUCAGCACCACAAUGAAGCCUUGUGCUCAUCAGAGUGGAGCGACUCAUGGAGAUCCACCAAGCCAGCAAGUCAGCAGGAUAAUCUUACUGUUACAAAUGAUGGUCUAAUUAAUGAGUCUAUUGCUAAAAAGCAGGAUAAUGAUAGAGAGAUGAGCUCCAAGUGGGAAGAAUGUUGGAGGCUUGUCAACCACCAUGGCUGUAAAUCCAAAUUGCCUCAAAUAAAAAUAUCUCACAACCCAGAGUGGGCCAAUUCAUGGAGAACAGUCAUGGUAAACUUCAACAACCACAAUAAUUCUGAUCCCUCUCUUACUAAUAGCAGCCAGCAGAGAGAGUCACAGCUCCACAAAGUCAUGCUUGUGUCUCCUCAGCAGAAAAACAGAGAUCGAUACUUGCAGCUCUGCAAUGAAUUUAAGGCUCUGUCUGAAUGGAGCAAGUCUUGGCAGGUGACUAAAAACAACUCGAAACCCUGCGAAGAAAUAGAGAAAGUCCUGAAGGACUCAACACCAAGAAUGAAGACUUCUUUGGAGGCUCAGAAGGUAGAAAACAACCCAGAACGGCCUUAUUCAACAUCAGAGAAGGCAGACUCAUGCUAUGAGAAACUGAAAUGUAACGUGAUCUAUUGCCCAAAAAGAGAAUUUGCCCAAUCUAAGCAGAUUCAACUGAAACAACUGGAAAAUGUCUCUUCUGCCUCAGAAUGGAGGGACUCGUGGAAGACACUGAAACACAGAAUGAGAAUGGAGAGAAGAAGAAUGAGGCCUGAGCCUUCAAGGCCUUUCAGGGCAUCGUUGGAAGGAGGAGACAUGACGCCCACUGCCCCAGAGUGGAGUGACUCGUGGAAAUUCUCCUGUCAAACCCUACGUCAGGAGCCUGAAUCUUGGCAGCAGGGUUGGUCCACAACACCCCAAAUCCGAGUAGAUCGUGUGAGGGACCAGAACCACUUUGCGCCUGUAGAACUCCCUAAGAAUGGGCCAACCACAGAGCGCAGUUGGGAAGAAUCAUGGAGGUUCUCAAGGCACCAGCGCCAAUCAGAACCUAGGCAGGGUAGAGCACAAACAAGCCAAGAAAGGUCAAGUGUGGCUUCCCACCAUCCUGUCAGUUCACAGGCACAGAGUAGGUAUGCUGGGUCUGCUUCUGAUUGGCAGGCAGCCUGGAUGGUCUCAGAAACUGAAUUCUACCAUGACAGACCCUCCUUAAUCCAGUGGAGGGAAGCCUGGAGGUGGUCCAUCUUUCACACAGAUCACUGGACAGAGCAAGUGCUUCGAGAGAACGAAAUUGAUGUUUUAAUGGAGAUCCAACCCCAGAGAGAAAAUAUUUCCUUGCAGAGAGCCAAUGCUAAAAUGAGCCGGUCUUUUGACAACCAGAUGUUCAGGGAAAGAUAUCCUGAGAAACAGUGGGAUGCUUCAUGGAGAGCUGGGUCACUGCUGAUCCAUCAACCAAGUCAUUAUGGAUCUUCAGGGAGCAUGAGCAGCACUAUUCAGCAGCAACACACCACUGAAAAUGGGCAUGGAUCUAAGUGGGGAAGGUCGUUUAGGCUCGCCAACCCCAUGCCCAACAUGGAGCAACCCUGGGUAGAGUCCUCUCCUAACCCAUGUCAAUAUACAGUAAUGUGGUCAAGGGGAAAGAACAUACAAAACACCUUCAACACCAUUUUAAGCAACAUCCCUGCAACCUUCAGGCUAUGGGGAAACUCCCAUCAGUUCCUGCAGGGGGCCAGUGCACAGAUCAAAGACAAAACUAUGUCUAAGGAACCCGUUGACCCAAGGGUGAUCAUAACAAACAAGACUAAAACAAGGAAGCAUUUAUACUCUAAAAUUGAGAAGGAGCAACAAUCAGAUAGGAAGUGGGCAGGAUGCCACCUCUUGGGUAAAACUCAACCACGUCCCAAGAGAGGUCCUGCUUCUGUGAAGAGCCUUAAGAUGGAGGACAAAACCACAGAUAAGUUCUUUGAGGAGUGGGCAGAAUCUUGGAGGUCCUCUGUCCGGCCUUGUAGUCUGAAAAAGCAGAUGCCGGUCAAGUCGCUCUCAGGUUGGAUGAAUGAGUCAUGGAAAUUCCUCAUUCCACCAUACCAGCCGAAGAAUGGCCCCAAGGCCAAAUAGAAGGCAUGGCUCAGUCAACUUUGAGCUUAGUCAAAACUGGCCACAUAUAAACCAUGUGAUAAAUAAAUUAAACAGAAUGG